AAGAAUUUCGCGCCAUUUUUAAUGUUUACAAACAAAAUUCCACGGAAAAAAAAAAACAUUCGGUCGUCCAUCUCCUGUAUAUUUUACAAACAUAAAGUGACAACAGGCAUUUAUUUUCUUUGUACCUGCUUCAAACGUUUGACCUGCUCACAUUAAGAUGGACAAGAAAAUUAUAAGCUUUGCUGAAGAAAACAAGGUAGAAGAAUUGACAGAAUGCCUUAAAGCAGUAAGCAAUUAUGAGCUGUGUAAAAUGAUAGAGAGGAAAGUUUUGAAGGGAAGAAAUGACACUUUCACCCUUGUUAGGGCGAUUUUGCUAGGUUCUCCACCAGAUAGUACAGUAUGUGUAGAAAGACGUAGCCAUGUGUACAAGCAGUGUAUUGACGCUCUGCAGAAAAAUGAUAUGAAUAACAAAAUGGCCUCAGAGCUUGUAGGCCUUCUUAUGCUAGAAGCAGACACUUUGCCAGGGCCGACACUCGCAGAACUGGCCAGUAUAUACGUGGAUGGUAUCAAGUCAGAUUCAACACAGUCAGGAAAAGCGCUAGAAUUGCUGCCAAAGAUCUUGUCUGCCAUUGCCUCCCAGGAGAACAUUGUGUAUGCUGGGAACCAUAUGAAAGGUUCAGAAUAUAAGGGACAUGUACUCAAUAGUCUUUGCUCUUGCAAAUGGGAUCCUGGUAGUGUUGUCAACCUUGCAUCAAUGUUUAGAGAUGUUCCACUAACUAAUGAAGAGCUGAAAUUUGUUAUAGAGAAAGUUUUAAGAAUGUUCCGGGAAUUAGACAUGGGUGAUAUACCAGCGCUAGUCUACCAGCUUCUUCUGCUUGCAACUAAGGGACAUAAAAAACUUGUGCUAGAGGGAAUUAUAAACUUUUUCACUGAACAAGACAGCCACCAGAAACCUGUAGAUAACCAGGAAUUCAGUGAGGAUCUAUUGGAUGAUAGUAUAAACAAUACAGAAAGUCUGAGACACACAGAGGGCACUGUUAUACUUCAUAUCAGUUUUGCUGUAAAACAACAUCAGGAUCUAGGAAGAGAAUUUCUCAAAUGUCUUAAGGGAUACCAAAACUGUAGUGCUACAAAGACUCUGUCGCCUUUCUCACUUGCCAUGGCGCUCUCACUGGCCAGAAUAAACAGAUUUGAAGAUCAGAUUUUUGACUUUCUGAAAACAACAUUUUUGAAAAGUUACAAAGAUCAUGAGAAGCAGUCACAGUCGUGUUGGAUACAGGAAGUUGUGUCAGAUAUGGUUUCAGUGGAGGAGUAUGUCAUACAGACCGUGCAAAACAGUACAUAUGGAUGGGAUCAUGUUGUACAGGGUCUAGUCCAAUUAGGGUUUAUUUUGAUGGAUUCGUUUGGACCAAAAGCAGUAUUUGGACGCAUUGACAUACUGCCCAGUAUACAGACAGGACCUACACAUCAGACUUGUCAACUUGGAGCAAAGAUACUGCUGAAAACAUUCAAGGCACAUGAGAUGGUCAGAAGUGAGAUUUUAGAACAGAUAUUCAACAGAGUGAUAACAAAAGCCACAUCACCGGUCUCUCAUUUCCUAGAAUUACUGGGAGACAUAGUGUUUGCUUCACCACAGUUGCUGCUGGAUUCAACAACCAAAGUUCGGGAAAUGUUUGACUAUCUGUCCUUCCUGUGUCCCACCUCAGCUGAGGGGCUCCUGAGGGCCAUACAGCCCCUCCUGAAACUGAGCAUGAACCUGAAAGAUUCUCUGAUCUUGGUCUUAAGAAAAGCCAUGUUCUCAAGACAACUUGAUGCACGUAAGAUAGGAGCAAGCGGCUUCCUCAUGAUACUGAAGCAUUUUAGAGUGCUAGGUGGUAUAAGAUCCAGUCAGUCCAGUCAACCUUCAUUCUCAUCUAGUCAGAUUUCAGUAGAUGUACAUAUUCCACAUAAUGCCUCCAGUAAUGAAGCAUUGUGUUUGGAGAUUUUGGGCAACUUACGGAGAUGUUUAUCACAGCAGGCUGAUGUUAGACUUCUGCUCUAUCAGGGACUGGUUGAUGUGCUGGACAGGAAUACACAGCUCCGGGAUCCCAUACUGUCAAUGUUGAUGUCACAGUUGAAAUGUUACUAUGAGAAGAAUGAAGAAAUGAACCCACCGUUGAAGUUAGAGCCCUGUAUACUUGCCCAGGGAGACCAGGUGUAUUUGGCAGAACCUCUUGCUCAUUUGUUAGGCUGCAUACAGCUGUGUCUGAUCAAAAGUGAUGAGAUAAAGAAGAAGCAGCAGUCCGGGGCUAGUGAUGAUGAUGAUGACGAUGAUGAUGAUGAGUCAGCAGUGCAAUCAGAACUUGAGCAGAUGAUGAAAUCUCUCAUCAACAGGAUGAUUACAUCAGAGAUGGAAGAUUUUGAAUUGGAUAAGUCGGCAGAUUACUCUCUUGCAAACAGUGUGGGUGUUAGGAACAACAUCUUUGCUAUACUUAUUCUAGGAACGUAUGAAGCUCUCAUUGAGUACACAUUUAUGACUGGAACAUUAAAUGAGUCAAAAGUUCGCCAAAUGCUGCAGUUGUUUGAGAAUCAGAAAAAAUUGAGUGGUGUUUUACGGGAAAAAGCUGGAGCUGCUGCGGGUAAGAAAGGGAAGACGCAGGCAAAGUCUCCCAUCAGUCUGCUGUCUCUCAAGUUUGUCACACAGGUCAUGGAUUUUGUAAUUAGUGAAAAUGAAGAUUAUGACAGAGAUCUGGUAGAUACACUUGGUGAGAAUACAGACUUCUUCAAGUAUGUCCUCACCGUAACACAGCAAAAGCUGCAUCAGAUCCAGGACAAGGGUCAGUGUGACGGAUCGGAGGGGAAACAGAAAACAAAGAUAUUUAAUUACUGCUGUGAAUUGGCUGGAUUGUUGUUGAAGUACUAUAAAAAGAACCAGACAGGUGAAGGCAGCCAGAGAGUGACUGAAAAACAGAUCCUGACCUUGACUUUGGAAUGUCUAUGUAGUGUGGUUACCAUAGUAACGCAGCAAUAUAUCAGUGACUUAGACAAGUUUCUAUCAAGUCUAGCAGAGACAAAAGAUAAUGAGAACAUAGAUGAACAAAUUUAUCAAGAUAUAAAGAAAUUACAGGGAAAAAUUUUGAUUGUGUUAUCUUCAGAUGAUCUGUCAUUGUGUAAAUCUAUGCUGACAUACCUUCUCACCAUGGGACAGAAAUGGAAAACAUCGCCAAUAUUACUGCGGGAGCUCUCUCAAGACAUACAUACACAAAUAGGGGACAUUGAUCAGGAGAUAGAGCUUGAUGGAAGGACAAACUUUGCGGUUGUUACACAGCGUGCUGCAGCACCGACUGUACUACAGAUUGUGGUAAAUCAAGGAGAACGCGAGUUAGACAAUACAGACUGGGUAGUCACACGUGUGAGGGCUGAUGCUACAGCUGAGCUCGCCUCCAGUACAGGAGGGGAAUCACCACAGUUAACACAGCGUGAAGGACAUGAGAAGUCUAUCUGCACAAGACUUGGUGUCAUAGUCACUGCCUUUCACGAGCUUGUGCAAUCAGCAUUACCUAUAGGGCCUUGUACUGAACAGUUGUUGAAGGUUCUUACAAGAAUAUAUGGAACAUUGACCAUGUUAGUCAAAUAUUAUUUGUCCUUGUAUGCAAGUCGGUCAGGUCACUUAAGUGCCAGAUUUGAGAAGCUUGUGAAAUUAUCAGGAACUCACCUGACACACUAUUGUUAUGGAUUGAUCACCUAUAUACAGACGUCAGAGAGUGAGAAUAUAACACAUGCAGCACCAGAUAAAGGCAAGAAGAAGAAAGAUGAUAAAAAGAAGACAAAUACAGCUCAGUCUGGAAAGGCAAAUGUAAUGAAACAAACAAGAACCAUACCAAACUUGAUAUUUGCUAUAGAACAGUAUGAACGUUACCUCAUACAGCUGUCCAAGAAAUCUAAGAUAAACCUAAUGGAACACAUGAAGCACAGCACAUCUAGAGAUUUCAGGAUAAAUACCGCUGUACUGGCAGAGAGUCUUGACAACCAGAGCAGUUCUGACGUAGAUGACAGUGACGGAGAGAACGAUGAGAGCACUGUUGGUGAUAAUACGACUGUCAGAAAUGAGCAAACUAUAGAGGAGAAUUCAGGGGAAAGUGAUCAGGAAAACGAGCCAGCUGCGGCCAACGUUCCUGAUCCAGUGGAUGAGCCAGUGAAAAAGAAGACAAAACUUGCUGCAAAAAGAACUGUUGGGAAAAAAUCUAAAUCUUAACUGGUGAUAGGAAGAUUUUAAUAUGGAUUGAGCUGUCACAAAUUGAACAUUGAUUCCAGAUGAAAAAGGAUGAUGUGCCAAACAGUUGAGAAAGGAAAUGAUGUGCCAAACAGUUUAGAAACAAAAUAGAAUUGGUUUAAAGGAGAUAAGCUUGAGAUUUAUCUAAUCAUUUUCCAAACAAAGAGUUCCUCUCCAGAUGUUGUGAGUGCUGUCUUGGAGCAAGAUGAAUGUUCUACAUAAUUUGAUAGAAAGUAAUUGUCCUCCAGAUGUAAUUCAUGUGGGCUUCUUUGUUAUAUCUGCUACAAAAGUGAAGAUCACAGGCUUAAAUACUGUGGAAAAAUGGUGUUAAAUCUACAUCAUUUAAACAGAAAAAUCUGUACUCAGUUAUUUCCCUUGUUUCAUUUGUUAUAUGUCGUAGAUUACAUAAAUAUUAUAAUACCCUACGGCUGUUUGUGAAUGUGCAUUUUACUACAUGAUGAUA